ACAAUUCAUAUCCAACUAGGAUCCUCUAGGUGUCUACUUGACGACUUUCAUUUGGCCGUGGAGCCGAGCAGUUGAAGGUUUGUUCUUUUUAAAAUACUUAAACUUUGCACUUGAACCUCAGAAUAAAGGAAAAACUGGGGCAUAUGCUGAUAAUAUAGAGAUAAUAAUCAAGGCAAUAUUAAAAUAAUAGAAAUAAAUAAGACUCUCUAUGUAUAUGACACGUAUAUGGGGGAACAUGUAGAGCAAUUAGACUGGAUAUAUUGAAGAUGUCUUAGCCGUCUAGUCCUACGUUUCUUUUAUAUUACUUGUCUCUUUCUUACAGACGCGUUAAAAAGAAACGUAUUAGAGAUAAAUUUAAACAAAGAAAACUUGAACCCAAUUUGAAAAAAACAGUGGUGAGAAUAAAAUGGCGGAGAAUCAGAAUUUUUUAAACAAAGCCUUCCAUCUUCUGGAAAAGUCUAUGGCAGCAAAGAAUUAUGAUCGGGAAAAUGCGCUUGUCGUUGACUAUCGCGAUCCAAAGGAUAUGGCUAAAGAAAUCGACUUCGACCUCGAAGGAAAUGGCCGAAAAUAUGGGGAUGAUGAACUUCUUCAAGAUUUUGAAAAGACUAUUAAACUAUCAGUGAAUAGUGGUCAUCCACAUUUCUUUAAUCAAAUGUUCACAGGACAUGAUCCUUACGCCGUUGCCGCUGGAUGUUUACUUGAAUGUCGUAAUACUAGCCUAUAUACCUACGAAAUGGCACCUGUGUUCACGUUGGCGGAAAAAUCAGUGAUAAAUUAUCUUGCUAGUCUUACCGGAUUCGGAGAAAGUUAUAAUGGUAUUUUUGUACCGGGAGGUUCAAUGGGAAAUUUUUUUGGCUUGAAUUUGGCACGAAAUCUUCGUUUCCCUUCAGUUAAAGAAAAGGGCAUGACUGAAGUAAAGAAGAUGGCGAUUUUUGCUUCUGAACAAUGUCACUACUCAAUCGGGAAGGGAGCCGCUUUUCUAGGUUAUGGAAUUGAUGCUGUAAAAAGAAUUCGUUGCGAAGAAAGUGGUCGAAUGUCCGUUGAAGCUCUAAGAGAGAAGGUAAAGGAAACCAUCGAGGAGGGUAUAGUUCCAUUGAUGGUUGUUGCUGUUAGUGGUACCACAGUCAUGGGAGCUUUCGAUGACUUGGAGGGAAUCGCUAAAGUCUGCAAAGAAUUUAGCAUGUACAUGCACGUUGACGGAUGCUGGGGAGGUCCAGCUUUAUUAAGUGAGAAGAGAAGGCAUUUGCUUAAGGGUAUUGAGCAUGCUGACAGUUUUGUUUGGGAUGCCCAUAAAAUGUUUGGUGCAACACAGCAAUGCGCAGUAUUUGUUACCAAACAUAAAGAUCUCCUGAAACAAGCUCAUGGUCAGGCUGCUUCCUACUUAUUCCAACCCGAUCGCUACUAUGAUGUUGCUUAUGACAGUGGCGAUAUGUCAAUCCAAUGCGGUCGUAAGGCUGAUGCAUUUAAAGCCUGGUUUAUCCUUAAAGCAAGGGGCAAGAAACAAGUUGAUUUGAUGAUUGAUCAUGCAUUUGGUAUAGCAGAAUAUUUUGCUGAUUUGAUCAGAGAUACUGAAGGAUUUAAGCUAGUUCACGAGCCUCAAUGUACCAAUGUUUGUUUCUGGUAUAUUCCUCCAUGUCUUCGGGGAAAUGGCGAAAGAGAUGAUAAAUGGUGGCAAAGACUAGGCAAAGUCGCCCCAAAAAUCAAAGAGAAAAUGAUGCGAAAAGGGAGUAUGAUGAUUGGUUAUCAGCCAUUGGGUCACAGAGUUAAUUUCUUUCGCAUUGUUAUACCGCACUUAAACUCCACAAAGGAAGAUAUGGAAUUUGUUCGCGAUGAAAUUAAUCGCUUGGGAAAAGACAUUAUUGUCUAG